AUGACGGUCAUGCAGAUUUUUUCCGCGACCGGCUGUGAUAUGAUAGGACUUCAGGAGACCCGACGAGAGGGGCAAGGUUCAAUUGCACACGACGGGUACGUGAUCAUUUGGAGUGGCGCCCGUGCUGGCACCAAGGACAAGAGGGGCGUACACGGUGUGGGCAUAGCGAUCAAGGAGGCCAUGUGGGAGAGUGGGGGCGAGGAAGGUAGGACGGUGGAGUGCAUUAGCCCGAGGCUGAUGAAGGUGCGUCUACAAAUUGGCCGCACCUGCGGAGUAACUUUCGUGGUGGGGUACGCCCCCACGGAAACUGUCCGCACCACCGCGGGCGGUGGUGUUGACGCCAAGGACUCUUUCUGGACUGCUCUCGACGCAGCGAUCCGGGAGGCUCACAGCCGUGACCAUCUCGUGNAGAACCGAGCUCUGCAGAGAUGGAUUGAUGCGAGAAAACUCGCCGCUCAAAAAAUACGGAAGAAAGCACACCCGCAACGCGAGGCGGACCGAGCGACACACGAGACCGCAGCGGCCGUCAAGGCGGCUGCGAAGAAGACGGAACCAGAGGGCGACCGAUCUUUCUGCACGUUCAACGCACGCUCGCCUACAGCGGAGACCCAACGAGAGCGGCAAGGUUUAAUUGCAAACCACGGGUACGUGAUCAUCUGGAGUGGCGCCCGUGCUGGCACCCAAGGACAAGAGGGGGGUAAAGGUGUGGGCAUAGCGAUCAAGGAGGCCAUGUGGGAGAGUGUGGGCGAGGAAGGUAGGACGGUGGAGUGCAUUAGCCCGAGGCUGAUGAAGGUGCGUCUACAAAUUGGCCGCACCUGCGGAGUAACUUUCGUGGUGGGGUACGCCCCCACGGAAACUGUCCGCACCACCGCGGGCGGUGAUGUUAACGCCAAGGACUCCUUCUGGACUGCUCUCGACGCAGCGAUCCGGGAGGUUCACAGCCGUGACCAUCUCGUGAUGCUAAUGGACGCCAACGCACGUACUGGUAGGAGGCGAGACGGGUGCUGCGAUGCCAAGAUUAUGGGCGCGUACGGACGCGACAUUAUGAACAACAACGGGGAACGACUCCUUGGACUGGCGUCAGACAACCAACUCUCCCUGACCAACACCUACUCCCGGACACCGAAAGGUGGAGUGCAGCACGCAUUCCAGAGCUCCAACAAGGGAAAGGAGAAUUACCGCCUCGACUUCAUCUUCAUGCGUCAGACGGACCGGCGUUUCGUGCGUAAUGUCUCCGUCACUCGUGUCAACUUCAAGGACUCUGACCACAACCUCGUGCUUACGACUGUCCGCUUCCCCCCCUGUGUCGCACCAACCCGACAAGAGCGGGGGAACAGCGGAAACAGCCGGAUCCGUAUCGACCUCGAGCGGACCUCCAGCCGCCCUCCGCCCACGGCGCUCAGGCGGCCAACGGGAGAGACCGCCGCCGAGCUGACGGCUACGGUGAUGUCGGCCGCUGCUGAGACCGCGCCGCUGGCGAGGUGCGCACGAGGGCAGAGAGGCUGGUACACGAGCGAAGCGCAGCACGAGAUCUCUGACGCGUCGAAGGAGAUUAAGGCGGCCCAGCAGCAACUGCGCGGGGCCUCAAAGAACAGCGCCUGCGAGGCGACCCUGAAGGCGAUGCUCAAGGCGGCGCGGAAGAAGCGCAGCAUCGCGAGGUGGAGAGCACUGGAAAAGUUCUUCGAGGGCUAUGUACGGCAGCUCGAGAAGAAGAGCCGCGAGGGGGAUCAGGCGGGUUUUCACAGGCACAUGAAGAUGCUCGACGUAGAAGGUAAGAGGUCGUUCACCUCUCAAAACAUCAAGGACGAGGACGGCAAGGUCCUUCGGGACCCCACGUUUAUUCGCCAACGGUGGGCACGGUGGUUCCACAAGCUUCUCAACACCAAGUCGCCGACCAUCGACCUGCAUGCGGCUGACAAGGUCAAGCGGUGGCCCACGUGCGUGCCACUCGACGACAUCCCAUCUCUACUUGAGGUUGAGGAAGCGGUACGGGAAAUGGCCAACAGAAAGGCCGUCGGGCCGGACGACCUACCGGCUGAGCUGAUCAAGCUUUUCCUGGACGGAGAUCAAGGUCUCCUCCGCGAGUUCCACGCCAUUGUCGUGGACGUGUGGCAGACUGGGGACGUACCACAGCAGUGGAAGGAUGCCACCAUCAAAGUGCUGUUCAAGAAGGGGGACACGAUGGAGUGCGGCAACUACCGGGGCAUCUCGCUCGUCGCACACGCCGGCAAGGUGCUGCUUAAGGUCGUCGCUACACGACUGAGCCACUACUGCGAGCGAGAGGGCAUCCUCCCGGAGGAGCAGAGCGGUUUCCGCCAAAACCGGUCGAUGCUCGACAUGCUGUUCGCCAUCCAGCGGCUCCAUGAGCUCGCGAGGAAGAAGAGUACUGCGGUGUUCGCGUGCUUCGUCGACCUCACCAAGGCAUACGAUUCGGUAGACCGAGACCUAUUGUGGGACGUGCUCCGACGCUUCGGCGUGCCCCCGAAGAUGCUGGCGGUCAUUCGCCACUUCCACGAGGGCAUGAGGGCGCGCGUCCGAACGGACGACGGGCAGUACUCGGAAUGGUUCGACGUGGGCCAAGGCCUCCGACAGGGAUGCAACCUGGCCCCGCUGCUGUUCAACUUGUUCUUUGCCGCGAUGCUCAUGUUCGCCGUGGCCGAGUCGGCCGGGAAGAGGACGACGGUGGUGACGGACGCGGAGGCUCUGUGGGCCAUGCUCUACGCUGACGACGCGGCCAUCGUCUCGCGCUUGCCAGAGAGUCUCGAAAAGAUUAUGUCGGUCAUCGUGCGCGUGGCCGGCCUGUUCGAUCUGAUGGUGUCGGAGCCAAAGACGGAGAUCAUGUGCAUGCUGCCGAAAGGGAUCGAGGAACGCCCGUUCACGGUCAGCGCCGCCAGCCAGACGUACAAGCAGACAGAUCGGCUGCGAGGAAACCAUCGAGGCCACCGUGCGCAAACGGAGACUGUGUUUCGCGGGCUUUCUUUUGCGCAUGGAGGACAGCCGCUUUCCAAGCGCAUGCUGUUCGGAGCGAUGGCGGGGGGCGUGGGAUACCGGGACGGGCAGGAGACUGACUGGGUGUCUCGUCUCGGAGAGGACCUCGUGGCCUUCAACAUGGGAGACGAAACGGAAGGAGGCAAAGAGAAAGAGAGCGCCAAGGACGGGGAGGUGUGGAACAACAAGGUUGAGGACGGGGCGGCAUGGCUCAUGGGAAAUGGCAAAGGCAGGGGGCGGAAGCUUCCGCGAAGCGCCAGCGCGCGAGGGAAGCAGAAGCAGAGAGUGUACGGCCAUCUCACGACCGAAGAGAAAAGAGAGCCGGGGAAGCGGCGGUGGGGGGAAGAAACGGCGACCGGGUGCUGCUGCUGUAGAAGCGAGUAG